GCAGAGCAUCGGAACCGGAAGCUACGACCGCGCGGCCAUUCCCCCAGGCGACGGGAGCUUGCACUGACACUGCGUCGAGAACUUCAGCCGGGCCCCGUUGCCAUAGCAACGGCUCUCGAGCGGCCGUUCUCAUUGCUCCAUGUCGUUGCCGGAGCCGGUGAGAAGGCGACUGAGUUCCUUCAGCCGAACUGUUUUUACGGACAACAACCGCACGGGACCCGAUAACAGAGGCGACGCCAGCCCCAUUGAUAAUGAAAUCGUCUCCAGUUUGCCCUUACAGAUGUCUCUGUAUUUCAACUUCUGGUUCUUCCCUUUUUGGUGGGCAAGCAGUAUUGCCAUGUUGCAGCUGAAGUAUUCAGUUUUACCAGAUUACUACAAAUUCAUCCUUGUGACAAGCAUUAUAUUAACAUCUUUAAUUGAGGUUAUACGUCUAUACCUUGGAUACAUGGGAAAUUUGCAGGAGAAGGUUCCUGAACUAGCUGGGUUUUGGCUCCUGAGUCUCCUUUUGCAAGUGCCCCUAAUUCUUUUCCUACUUUUAAAUGAAGGGCUAAGGAUUCAACCUUUGGAACGAGCAGUCAACAUCAUUUUUGUAGUAUUUCUUGUCUUCCAAGUUGUUACUGCAUUCCUUGCUCUCAAAAGAAUGGUGAACCAACUGGCAACUCGUUUCCAUCUUCAUGAGUUUGACCGGUUAGAUACUCAGCUUCCCUCUGAUAACUUAGCUUGCCAGGCAAGGAGACUGGAAGCUGGAGGGAUUAUGGGACAACAAGUGGGAGAACUUCAUUCAGCAAGUGGUGUUUGGAAAUCUGCAGUGAGAACCUGAUGGUAAGCAGAGCAACCCCACCAGUAAAGCUCCUCUGCUUGUUGCCUUAACUAUGUGAGUUUUAGAGAAUUUGAUUUAGAAAUUCACCUAGUUCUGGAUAGCACAAACUAAGUGGAGUGAUAUCAACAAGGUAUUCACUGUUGCCCAUCUUUUGCAAGCGUGAUUCUUGAGGGGAUUAGUCUUCUGCUCAUUUCUGCUUAUAUUAUCUAUUAUGAAAUCUGUAUUAUAAUGACUUUCAUCUGUUGUUUUUUCAACAUGUAUUCAUAUCCAGACAUUUUUCAGUGGAGAAAAAAAAACAUUGUUUGAAUAAGUAUUCAGAUUUCACAAUCCUUUAUGGACACCUGAAAAGUGAUAAAUAGGGUGAGGAUUUCUAUAACCUAAAACUGUUAGAAAUAUGAAAGCUUUUAUGACCUUAAAAUCAUUUAAAUAGGAACAAUUAAAUCAAAAAUAUAACUUAAAACAAAAAUAAGAUUUUACAUUUUUUCCUGAAAUUAGCACCUUCUUUUUAAAAAAUAAACGCACACAAACACACACACGUCUCCCUGAGUUGUGGAGAGAAUAAGUAAAAGGAAAAGAAACAGGCAAGUUCUUACUUUCUUAGCUGGCUCAAACUUGCUAGCUUAUCAGGA